AUGGGUGGCCUCCACCUAGUGCGACUCCUUAUUUUUAAUGACAACACAAAGUGGAUCGCACGCAUACAGUUGCGGGAAUGCAAUUCAGAAUCGAUCAAACAUCUACUCCACGAGGUACAUACUCUUGCCUUAAUUCGCGAACAAACACGUAUCCCUGUGCCUCAAGUGUUCGGAUAUGAACUUAGCCGUGUAAAUAUUGUUGGAGCUGCCUUCAUGAUUAUGGAGUUUAUUCCAGGAAACACAGCAAUGGAUGCAUUUGGUGGCUGGCAUGUUCACAAGGGAGAGAUUCCUUCCAACUAUAAGGCAAAGUUUUUUCGUGCCAUUGCAGGCAUACAGGUGGAAAUGGCUUCUAUACGAUUUCCCAAAAUUGGGAUGAUUGUAAAACGUGAAGACGGCACUUAUGAUAUCGAUCCAAUACCAGGGUUAGGGGGCCCAUUUAAAACCGCGUCAGAUUAUUUUGAAGCCUGGGCAAAUCAUGCCAAAUUUCCCAGACGAGAGAGUGAUCUUCGGAGACAGUUACCUCCCAACCUUUCAGACGACAUAAUUGUAUCAAUCCAGCAAUUUCCCUGCCAGCUCAAAAAAGUAACGCGCCAAAUUGUCCGCUUGAAUACAGGACCUUUUCCGCUCUGUCAUAUGGAUUAUCGUCACAGCAAUGUCAUUGUAGAGGGAGAUUACAACAUUCUUUCAGUUAUUGACUGGGAAAACGCUUGCACGGUCCCUUGGGAGUUAAUGGCAUUCCCCUUGUUUUUGACCAUAAUUCCCCCCCCAAUGGACGCACCAUGGAAUUACGAUUCAAAUGGACUACCCAAGGAUCAAGACGUACGACAGCUAUGGGAAGAACGGGAGGAUUAUGUCCGGAUGGUACAGUAUGCUGAAGAGAAACAGAAUGUUGACAACAGCCUAUCCACCACACUCGCCUCGCAAGACAUUCAGAGUCUAGCAUCUGCAGUAAAGCUUUACUUAGAGCCUGGGAAGAUUGGGUUGUACUGCAAAGUCUUGGACUGUUUUCGGGUGGACCUCAAGUGA